CCUUGGCCACACGUCAACGGCUGCAACACGCAUCAGAAUCACUCUUCCACUCGUCCAGCAACGAACCUCCGCUGCAAUGCCUACCGAGCCUAACCCCCAAGAGGAAGGACGUGAUGAUCAAGCAGGGGUUUCUCCAGCGCCUUCCCCAGCCUUGGGCCGUGACCUGACGUCUUCUAUUCGCGUUUGGCCAGGGAUGAUCACCGAAGCGAUUGAGGAGAGCAGGCAUGCCCACCUUCGUGGCAUGGCCGAUCCCACCAAAUUGCGGUCUUGAUUCCCUUUGUGUGAUGCUCCCCGAUCGUCCGGUAGCAUUUGCAGAGAAUUGGAUUACUUAUAGUCAUUCGCCCGCCCUUCAGCUUACGGCGCGUCUCAGACAAUAGCGCUCUCGAACAGCUUUGUGGCUAUGGCAAGCACUGAAGUCAAAAAAUCUGCCCUGGACGACGGCCAGUCGCCAUCAGACCGGUCGCCCUCAAUGACGGAAAAGCAUUACGAGGAUGGCGUUCAAGUGCCUGUCAUCGACAUACCAGACCCGGACGAAGGUUUGACUGACGAGGAGGAAGAAGAUUGAUCGCAGGUUGUUGUGGAAGCUGGAUUUGCAACUGAUCCCCUGGCUCACCCUUUUGUACCUGAUUGCCUUCCUCGACCGUACGAACAUCGGCAAUGCCAAAAUCGAUGGUCUACAAGAGGAUCUGAACAUGACCAGCAACCAAUACAACAACACACUGACCAUCUUUUUCAUCUCCUACUCGGUCUUCGAACCUUUGACCCAGGUCUUGCUGAAAAAGUUCAGACCUUCAAUCUUCAUUCCGGUCAUUAUGGUGGGCUGGGGCAUUUGUAUGACAUGCAUGGGUUUGGUGCAUAAUUACUCUGGGCUCCUGGCGACGCGAUGGUUCCUGGGGCUGACUGAAGCCGGUCUCUUUCCUGGUGUCAACUACUAUCUGAGUUGUUGGUACAAACGAUCCGAAUUCGGUGUCCGAGCAGCCAUCUUCUUCAGCGCUGCAGCUCUUGCCGGAUCUUUUGGUGGUCUGCUGGCCGCUGCUAUCGUGAACAUGGACGGUGUCGGUGGGAAGCCCGGUUGGGCCUGGAUCUUCAUUCUCGAAGGGCUGGCCACCGUUGUGAUUGCGGUGAUCAGCUUCUGGGUGGUCCAUGACUUUCCCGAUGAUGCCAAGUUUCUCAGUGACUCGGACCGCCGCAGAGUCAUUCGCCGCCUUAAGCUCGAUCAGCAAUCCAGCGCUGAGCACGAAGAGUUCAAACUCGACUACCUCUGGGCCAGUUUGAAGGAUUGGAAGACGUACACAGGAAUGGCCAUUUACAUGGGCUGCGACGGCGCACUCUACGCAUUUUCCCUGUUCCUCCCUACAAUCAUAGCGCAAAUGGGCUACAAAAGCGUGCAUGCUCAGCUUCUGAGUGUUCCCCCUUAUGCUGUGGCUGCAGUUAUGACUAUAUUCAUUGGUUUCGUGGCCGAUAGGACGGCGUGGAGAGGCUAUUGUAAUAUGGUCAUGGCACUAUUCGGCAUCAUCGGUUUCGCAAUGUUGCUGGGUUCUGGUUCGCCACAUGUUCAAUAUGCUGGGACUUUCCUCGGAGCGAUUGGCAUCUAUCCGUGCAUCCCGAACACCAUCACAUGGACCGCGAACAAUGUUGAAGGAGUGUACAAGCGUGGUAUAUCCCUAGGAUUUGUCAUCGGCUGGGGAAACCUGAAUGGCAUCGUUUCAUCGAACAUCUAUCGAGCCAAAGACAAACCACGAUACAAGCCUGGCCAUGCCGUGGUGCUCGCAUACGAAGCACUAUUUCUGCUCGGAGGAAGUGUGCUUCAACAUGUCCUGCUUCGGAGGGAGAAUGCCAAACGCCGCAACGGCGAACGUGAUCACUGGGUUGAAGGUAAGACGGAUGCCGAGAUCGAGAAGUUGGGAGACAAGAGGCCCGACUUCAUGUAUACUUUGUGAAACGUCUACGAGGUACGCAUUGAGCAAAGGUGGAGGAACAAGGGGCACCCGCCAUGGGAGACGUGGGCCUCGAUAUUAUUAUGGUGGGAUUGAUGCCGAACGUUUCUUGGCCGCAGAAUAUGGACCCAGCAACACACACUAUG